GACAGACACACACACAGAGGCAGUGCGAGCUGCGCCGCGCGUCAGUGACGGACAGCACCGGCGUCUCACUGAAGCACAGCGAGCAUGGACCUAUUCGAGUUUGACUUCUUCAGGGACUGGGAGCUCGAGCAGCAAUGUCAUUACGAGCAGGACCGCUCGGCGCUGAAGAAGAAGGAAUGGGAGCGGAGGACGCAGGAAGUCCAGCAAGACGAGGACUUGUUCUCCACUGGUUUUAAUCUGUUUGGAGAGCCGUACAAGACUAACAAAGGAGAUGCCCUGGCCAACCGAGUUCAAAACACACUUGGCAAUUAUGAUGAGAUGAAGGAGCUUCUGACCAGCCAUUCCAACCAGAGUCAUCUUGUGGGCAUUCCUAAAAACUCAGUUCCCCAGACUCCUGUGGAGAAAACCGACCAGCCGGGCUUCUUUCCCGAAGCUCAGAGGAGUCGAGCCGCCCCGUCCCAAUCGGGAAGCCACAGCACUUCCAUGCCUCCACCCCCUACCAACAACAUACCAACAUCCAGCGUCGUCCAUGGGCAUCAAGGCGGCAAAAAGUCUCGAUCUUCAGACUGGUCCCGAGGGGGUCACAGUUCAAGCGGCGGCCAGGCUUCUCAAGCGGUCAGCCGGGGAAAGCACUCCAGUCAUGAGCAGACGUCAAGUAGACACGAUCAGGAACAAGAGGACUCGAGUCCAAACCCCAGUGGACCUACAACUUCGUCACACUCCAACAGGAAGCAGGCACAGGCCAACAAAGGGCCUACCGCGACCGAGCUUGGCCUCGGAAAGUCUCCCGUUGAGCAGGAUUCAUGCUCCCAUGGAUCAAGCUCGCCGUUGGCCUCCACGUCCCUGCUUCCCAGCGGCCUCUUGACGCCAACCUUUCCCCAAGGCCUCCAUUGCAAACCGAGCAGCGCCGUACAGCAGAAACCCACUGCCUACGUCAGGCCCAUGGACGGCCAAGACCAGGUCCCCAAUGAUUCCCCAGAGCUCAAACCCCCUGUGGAGGUGGUGGAAGGGUAUAAUGGUGUGCCAUUUGGAGGUCUGCUGGAAAGCAAAAGCAGCACAGCUGGGACCAAGGGCAAACUUCCUAAACUGACACUGCCACAAUCCGGGGAGGUCAGCCUGCCCAGCGACUCCAGUUGUGUGGAAGAAAUUCUGCGGGAGAUGACCCACUCCUGGCCUCCACCUCUCACUGCCAUACACACACCAGGCAAAGCUGAACAGACCAAGUUUCCCAUUCCUUCAAAGGAGCCGCCGCAUGUGACCUCAGGAUACAAUGGAAAACGCUGCAAUGUUCCUGUUAGCAAACCUGCAACCAAGUCUGUGCCGCAAAAGUCAAUGCUUGAGGAUGAUCUGAAAAUCAGCAGUGAUGAAGACGACACAGAACAGGCCGCUGAGAAGCCCAAGCCCAGGAGCGCUCCGCUCAAUCACCCCGAAGUCACUCCAAGGACCAGCGAGCCGACCGGUCACUCCAGCAAUGCCUCGGGGAGCUCCAGUGAAUCAGAGAGCAGCUCAGAGUCUGACUCAGACAGCGAGAGCAGUUCCAGUGGAAGUGAAUGCAACCGAGCUUCCCGUGCCGCCACACCGGAGCCUGAACCCCCUUCAACAAACAAGUGGCAACUAGAUAAGUUUCUAAACAAAGUAAAUCCCCACAAUAAAACACUAAUUACCACACAAUCAAAUAGUCAUGGGAUUAACAGGUCUCAACCGGAUGAAAGCCAAGCAACUGAAAACCAGACCUCCAACAAGAGCAAGCCCACCGCAGCACUGGCACCAGCAGAAACCAAGGACAGAGCUUUGCUCAGUCCCAUCCGAGAGAAGGCCAAACCCAAGACUGGUCAGAAAGCUCCAGACAGCAAAAGCACCAAGGUAAAAUCACCAGCCUCAGUGGAGCUAGCACCUCCCAGGAGAAGCACUGGCAAGAAACAGCCAAAGAAGGUGGAGAGAUCCUCCAGCAGCGAGGAGCACAACUGGCCCAGACCGGGAAAUUCAAGUUCGACCCCGAAAGAGAAAGAGCCUCCACCUUUAGAACCUCCCAAACCUAGAGGGAAGGGUCCUGGGGUCAAGACAGCUCCGAGAAAGGAACCCCGGACCACCACAGCAAACGCUGCACCUGCAAAUAUCACACCUGUUCCAGAUAAGAAGAAGCACAGAGGACCCAACAAGAUUAUCCCCAAAUCUAAGGAAUUCAUAGAGACCGAGUCGUCUUCAUCCGAGUGCCACUCGGACCCAGAAGAGCUUUCCAAGGUCCAACUUCCCUGCCCUGGUCCUAACACCCUAAGCCUGAAAUCUAAGGAUUGCAACAGCAAUAUCCUAAGUGUUAGUAGCCUUACUAGUACAAGCAGCACUUCUAUUCCUGACCCAGGUGCCUCAGAUCUCCUGGAAGAGCCUCUCUUUUCCCCCAUCCCCAUUGUGCAAAAUGAACUUUUGUCACCGCUAAGAGAUUUUGAGGAGGUCAAGUCACUUUGGGUUAAGAUCGAACUCAGGUUCCUGUCUCGGAUCCCGGGGCAGGACGUCCCAGAACCUCCGCCAACCAAGGCAGAGUGCCGGGAAGUCAGCGUCAAACACAGGCGGCAACAGUCACCAGCCUCCAUCCCUGUAGAGAAAAACCCUAGUAAAUCAAAGAGGAAACACAAGUCUGAGCACUGUGACGUGAUGAGUGGAGGCAAGAAGCUCAGGAUGGACAAAGAAGCUCUUCUUCUUCCUCCCUGUAUCUCUCCUAUACACAACCACAAGGUCUCCAGCACAAAAGAUACGUUAAAGAAGCAGCCUCGCAAGCGUGAAGAGAAGCUGUUGCCCCCACUGCUGUCGCCGCUGUCAGACGAGCCGGUGGGCCGCCAACGGAGAAGUAGUGAAUGCAGCUCCCUCAGUCAGGAGGGAAGCACCUCCACCCUCACCAGCACCUUGACCUCCACCCGACCAAUAACUGCCUCCACCUCCUCAUCACACAAGCACCACAAAGGAGAGAACAAAGCCUUCUCCCAUUCCAAGACCAGCAGUGAGGAAGACGGUCACAUCAAGACGUCCAGCAGUUUUCACAGCAACAGUCAGUCAGACACGGACCUCUGGUCGAACCCUUCAGCUCUGUCCGUUGAGGACAUGGAACCGAGAAGGCCAAAACUCACGUUUAAUAACACAGUUCACAAUGCAGAUUACUACAUGCAAGAAGCCAAGAAGCUAAAGCACAAGGCAGACGCUUUGAUGGACAAGUUCGGCAAAGCUGUGAAUUACGCCGAUGGGGCGCUCUCGUUCAUCGAAUGCGGCAAUGCCAUGGAACGAGACCCAUUAGAGGCCAAGUCACCUUACACGAUGUACUCGGAAACAGUAGAGCUCAUCAG